AAAAAAAAGAGGUGAUGGCGCCGGUCCUCGCUGUGCGACCGACAAAUGGCUUCGAGCCACCGCCGUCUUCGAUGCUGGCCACUCAUGUCGUUCAAGGAAACGGGGUGCCCGAGUUUGACCGAGACAGUUUCAGUCAACUGCUGGCAGAGGCACUCGGGUCAGACGAGCAAGGCCGGUCAAAUUUGGGCGCUGACGUUGCGGUUAAUCACAAACUAAUAUGCAUCAUAUUCCAAGUUGGAAUCGACCGUGCUCUCGAAGAGAACCCUUUUCAGUCUGCAGCCGUUGCAGGUAAGGCCGCUCCUCAACUAAGAACGUGCCUUGAAGUCCUUCAACUGGCCAUCGAAAGAUCGCCACAAGUGCUGUUCGUCAAGUCGGAAGACAAUGAUGUCUUAGGACAAGGAAGCGUACUAUAUUGCUGGCUUAUCCCAAGACUCAUACCGUUGCUCACAUAUGAUGGCCUUCGAGACACUGUCCAGCAGGUCCUCGAUACGAUGCUCCAGGGCGACAGCAAGUUCUUCAAAGCCAACUCACGUGGUCACGUUUUGGCAUACCUUCUGGCUAACGCUUCAGCUCUGCUUGCUUUUGCCUCUACAUACAGUUUUCAGCCUCGAAAGACAGUCGUCAUAGACCCCGACGCCUUUGCCGCCAACCUUUCGGCCGUUUCAGGCAUCCAUGUCGCCAUUCCAACCCUCAAAUUCCCCUCGUUCUACCACCACAUUACUGCAACCGUCCGCAUCCUACGAGUCGUCUCUGCGCACUCACAUUCACCAACGAGCAGAACACAAUUCUGGAAGCUCUUUACUCGGUUUCGUGAUUUUUCGGAAGAUGCCGAAAGUCUCCUUGACGAUGACCAGAAUGAGGCGCUAUUGCAUGAAAUACGUGCUUUGAGCGUCCGUCAUACCAAAACACUCCCUUUUCCGCCCAAAGACCCGUUCUUCGAAGCGCGCCAUGACACUGAUCGCGCCAGCAAGCGUCCUCGGUUAUCGACGGAUCACGAAGAUGGGUUCACUGAGACCAUCCAACAGAACGCAUGUCGCAAGAUUACAUUCAGCUUGACCGGAAGUGCAGUGUCGGAUCUUGACGGUCUCAGCAAGACAGCGUCCGGACACUUCCAAAAACUCACAGAGGACGAACAAUGUGCUGCCCUGGAACUCCUGGGUGCAGGUGCUUGCCGCCUCGCCUGCCACGGCGCGCCGUGCCGGUGCUGCGGGGAAGAUUUCGAGCCGGGCAAUCCAAACAUGGAUCUAACUACACGGGCGACUGGGGAGCUACUGACGACUCUUGUGGGACUUGUCCAAAGCAUCUCACGCCAGUCAAAGGCACGCAUUGUGGCAAUGUCCGCUCUCCGUCGCAUUUUGAUGCAUAGCGACUCUAACGAAGAUUUGAAAUUAAGGGAGACGCCUGCUGGCGACUGGUGUCUACAGUCCCUCAAGAGUUCCUCGCGAGACCUUCGUAUCGUUGCAGCUAGGACCCUCCAGGCGUACCUCAUGAGGAGAAAGUCUGCGGAUGUCGCUAUUACGCGCGAGAACAGAAUCAGGGCUCUGGACUUUCUUCAGACACUUUGGCAGAAAGGAGAGGUUGCUCUCCAAGAAACCUGCGUGCUCACCCUUAGCCGAAUAGCUCAAGUGGUCGGCGAUGAAGAGCUUAACAUCAUCCUUGUUCGGCUGGUCGAUUAUCUAGGUCACAAUAACCCAUAUCUCGUGGGUGUCCUGUAUGCCGAGAUCCAGCGUCUUGCACAGUCGAUGCAAGUAUCUGUAUGGCUACUCUUUCGACCAUUCUGGCGUACACUGGGAGUGGUCUUUGCCAAAUCCAUGUCUGCCAAGCCCAAUAUGGCACACCAUUUGUGCGAUCUUUUGGGGAUGGACCUUACCGGGCUGAUUGGCCACACCGCUGAGUACGCUCUACCCUACCUGGUCUUGCGGAAGGACCACGAGGCUAUCAGACGCUUUGCUGUGGCGAGUGGGCCGUCAACUACAGCCUUCGAAUUAUGCACUCAGACGCAGAAUCUGAUCGCCAUCCUGUCUUUCUUGCUCGUUCAACCAUUCCCAGAUGCAGAACAUUCUAUUAUGUCGACUUUGACUGAAGUAUCCGAGGAUUUCGGGAAGACUGAUCUUGGAGACUGGGUUGCUCUUCAUCCGAUCCAAAUCACAUGUGAGCUUCUUAAAGCGAUCGGUGAUAGUGGUCAAGGCAAGUCGUCUCGCAUCUAUCAGGCAUUGCAGCUCCUAGCACAAUUGGUGGCGCGUCAGCGCGGGCCGCCUUCUGGUUCCCGGCGGAGUGACAGUGUUGGGCCUUUCCUGGAGAAUAAUGUUCUCGCAAUUGUCACUCAUUUCACUGUCCUUUUGAACGACUUGGAAGUCAGAGAAUCCAAAGUUGAGAAGCGAAGAUGCCUUGCUGCGUUAGGCGAGGUUGCAAAACUGGGAAAGAGUCGCGUUGUGCGCGCAUUGCCUCAGAUCUGUGCUUGUCUGAGGUCCGGGCUCGACGACAAAGAUUUGUGUGAUGCUGCGUUUUCCGCAUGGGCUAUAAUGAUCAAAUCUCUGAAGAAAGACGAUCUUGGUUCGCUUAUUGAUCAGACUCUGGCUAUCAUCGUCCAGAAGUGGCAGAUACUCGACAGCUCCUCACAGCAGCAAGCAUACGAGCUUGUCGGCGACCUCCUUAAAAACCAUACGGAGCUAGUUCGACAGCGCUUCGGUACGAUGCCAUCGUUGGCAUCAAUUCCUCUCAUGGCUAAGUUCGAGAACGACAUUACAACCCUCAAACGUCAAAUGGACGAGAGACACCAGCUCAUAGCCUACGUGGACAGGUUGAACGAUGAGAACCUUGCUGUGGUUGAGCAGGCGUUGCUUGAACUGGCGCCCCUCCUGGAGCAGAAGCAAGACUUGCUCCAACGUUCAAUACUCCGAGAGCAGCCAGAUGAGUUUGUUACAGACUUGACUCGUUCGCUGCUCGAUUGCUGCGUUAGACACAACUCAAGCACUGAGGUUACAAGACAGUGUGGUCGGUGUUUGGGACGCAUAGGCUGCCUCGACUCAAGCAAGAUCGAAAGCGUGGUGGAUCGCAAGUCAAUAAUAGUCCUGGCAAAUUUCGGGAAGGCUGACGAAGUUAUCGAAUGGAUUUUCUUCUUCAUACAACACGUCCUGGUGAAAGCAUUUCUGUCUGCCAGUACCACGAGAGGGCAAGGGUUCCUUGGCUGGGCAAUUCAGGAAUACCUGAAAUCCUGCGAACAAGAGAAUCCUUCAAGAUCCGGCACCGACAAUCUCGCCUCUCAAUUAUGGGGAAAGCUUCCAGAGUCGAUUCAGAACACCCUCACUCCAUUCAUAAAUUCGAAGUAUCUUGUACAAGAGCUUCGUCCGCCGGAGAAAGGCCAGUAUCCACUUUUUAAACCUGGCAUGAAGCAUCGAGAGUGGCUUCGCACCAUCACCCUUGAUUUUCUUCACCGAGGAUCUGGGGAGAACGUUGACAUUGUUUUUGGAAUAGCCUGCCGCAUUAUCCAUGGUCAAGAUACCUCUAUUCCUGCUUUUCUCUUGCCUUUUGCGGUUGUCAAUCUGAUCGUCAGUGGCAUUGAGCAAAACAGUCAGGAUAUAGUGGCAGAAAUCACGUCGAUUCUUAGUCUGUCCCUUGAGGGCCAGGAUAGACGCGUCCAGGACGACAUCAGACUGUGCAGUCAAACCGUGUUUGAGGUUCUAGACUAUAUGUCUAGCUGGCAUCAACACAAACGAAAGCAACAUGCUUUGGGUAUGGCAAAAUCCGAUCGCGGCUACAACGACCUGCUCCUCGGAGCUGCUGCGGAACAAAUAAAAAGCAUCGAGCGAGUCUUGGAACAGAUUGCACCAGAUAUCUUGGCUCAAAGAGCUCUUGAAUGCAGAUCCUAUGCUAGGGCGCUGUUCCAUUGGGAGCAGCACAUCCGCAAACUGGAGACAGAUAACGUCCAAUCGGAGUUGCAGAGACUGCAGGACAUCUACGCCCAGAUCGACGAGCCAGAUGGAAUUGAAGGCAUCUCCUCCCGUAUGCAUGUGCUUGACAUUGAGCAGCAAGUCCUCGAGCAUAGGAAGGCAGGCCGAUGGCCAGCUGUCCAAAGCUGGUACGAAAUGCAACUUGUCGCUCAUCCCAAUGACACAGAAGUUCAGAAGAAUCUGAUGGACUGCCUGAAGGAAUCUGGACAAUACGACGUACUUCUCCAUCAUUUUGAGGGGAUGAGAAGUCGAAGCACGACAUCCCUUGUUACAAUUGCUCCCUACGCAAUGGAGGCUGCUUGGGCCACAGAGCAGUGGAGUCGGCUCUCCAGCUACGUGACUGGCAGCAGCGGACACGAUUUCGCCUCUCAUAUCGGACAAAUCAUGGUUGCAAUCCACGAAAACGACAAAGCAAAAGCACUCACUCUGAUUGAGGAACUCUACGGGAUCACAGCGGCUGAGCUUACGCCCAAUGCCAUAACUUCCUUCCAAGCAGGGCAUGAUACCCUUAUGAGACUGCACGUGCUCAGUGAAGUCCAGCUCAUCGCGUCAAGUCCCGCCGAAGACCGCACUGCGGUACUGGAGAAUCUUCGAGGUCGCCUGGAUAUCCUUGGGUCGAAUGUUGCUGAUAAGCAAUAUCUACUUGGAGUUCGACGUGCCGUGAUGUCUUUGCGUUCUGACAUGUUUAGACCUAGUGAUGUCGCUGCCGCCUGGCUGUCCACUGCGCAGCUGGCUCGGAAAGCUCGGUCAACCGGGCAGGCUUUUAACGCGGUACUAAAAGCAUCAGCACUGGGCGACAAAGCUGCUUCAAUCCAACAAGCCAAGCUAAUGUGGAUUGAAGGCCAUCACAGAAAAGCAAUUCAGAUGCUUGAAGGAGCCAUUGAGUCAGGGGUAUUUUCCGAGCAUGACUAUGUUGUCGAAAAUGGCUCCGUCACACAACGUCCUCAAAACGAGAUCAAGGCCAAAGCGUACGUGCUACUUGGCAAAUGGCUGGACCAAGCCGGGCAGACACAGUCAGAUGUGAUCAGAGAGACGUUUCGAGAAGCCACCAAGCACUUUAGAAAAUGGGAACGGGCCUACUACCACCUUGGCCGCUUCUACAACAAGAUUCUGGAUUCGGAAAUGACAAUGCCUCCGGGCAAAGAAAGCCAAUCUUUCCUCACCGGAGAGACUGCCAAACUGGUCAUCGAGAAUUACCUUCGGUCGCUCGGAAAUGGCAGCAAAUAUGUGUUCCAGACUUUGCCUAAAGUCCUUACCCUUUGGCUGGAAUUGGUGGACGGGGCCGAGAUGCCACACGAUCCUCGGCGUGGCAAUGCUCAAUUCCAUGCCCAUAACGCAACUCAACGAAAACGCGUUAUAGAAGAGACGAACACCCAGAUCAAGAAGUACAUAGUCGUCGUACAAGCGGUGCUCUUCUACACCAUCCUCCCGCAAGUGAUUGCUCGAAUCUGCCAUGGAAACAAAACAAUCUCGGAACUUCUUGGUACCAUUAUCGUGAAAGUGGUAAAAGCGUUCCCACAGCAGGCCUUUUGGUCACUCCUGGCCGUUGUGGAAUCCCAGCAAAAGGAUCGUGCAGUCAAAGGGCUCGGGCUUGUCAGCAAGAUCUGUGUGGACAAGAAAGAGGACAAGGAAAAGGAGAAGAGGAGCCUCUCUGCCAGCGAGCUCCGAAACAUGUUCAACAGCGGCCAAAAAUUUGUCAAAGAGUUGCUCCGUGUCUCGGAUUUCCCUAUCGAAGGUAAGGUCUCAAAAGUCAGUCUGUCCAGAGACCUAGGGUUCAAUCACAAGAUCGCACCCUCGAAACUGGUGGUGCCUAUCCAAGCAUGUCUUAUACCCAGCAUGCCCACGAAUUUCGAGCCUCCAGCGCUGAAGGCGUUCCGACCAUUUGCAAAAGAGCCCAUCACAAUCACAGCUUUCGCUGACGACGCUCUUGUCCUGUCAUCGCUACAGAAGCCUCGGAAACUCACCAUCAGAGGAUCCGACGGGAAUUUGUACAACGUUCUAGCUAAACCAAAGGACGAUCUGCGAAAGGACCAGCGCCUGAUGGAGUUCAACACCAUGAUCAACCGCUCUCUGAAACGCGAUGUCGACGCUGCGAAACGAAGAUUGUAUAUACGGACUUAUGCUGUCAUCCCACUGAACGAAGAAUGCGGGCUGAUCGAGUGGGUCGACAACCUCAAAACUUUCCGCGACAUUAUUCUCAAGCUGUACAAGGAUAAAUCAAUUCAGCCGAACUACGUUGAAAUCCGGAAUCUACUAGACGAAUCGUGCUCCGGGGAUCCCGAAAAAGUCAAGAUUUUCCCGAACAAAGUGUUGACCAAAUUCCCACCCGUCUUCCACGAGUGGUUCGUCGAGAGUUUCCCGGAUCCAAGCGCGUGGUUUGACGCGCGAUUGCGGUACACCCGCAGUGCGGCGGUGAUGUCGAUCGUCGGGCAUGUGCUGGGCUUGGGCGACCGGCACGGCGAGAAUAUUCUGUUCGAGGAGGACAAUGGCGGUGUCAUGCAUGUGGAUUUCAACUGUCUUUUCGACAAGGGCUUGACGUUCGAGAAGCCGGAGAUGGUUCCGUUCCGGCUUACGCACAAUAUGGUCGAUGCGAUGGGGACCUAUGGGUACGAAGGGCCGUUUCGGCGGUGCUGUGAGAUCACGCUGGGCUUGUUGAGGGGCAACGAGGAUGCGUUGAUGACCAUCCUCGAGACGUUCUUGCAUGAUCCGACGACGGAUUUCAUUGACAAGGCCGGUAGGAAGAAGAAGAGCGUCAAUGGCGUGCCGAGUACGCCGGUCGAAGUGCUCGAUGGGGUAAGGGGGAAAGUGCGUGGGAUGUUGCCCGGCGAAAGUGUGCCAUUGAGCGUGGGCGGCUAUGUCCAGGAGAUGGUGGCCCGCGCGACCGAUGUGCGGAAUCUAUGUAGGAUGUACAUUGGGUGGUGUGCUUUCUUCUGAAGAACGAGGAAGCUCUCUUGCGAAAUGCAAGUAUUGAGGACAGUGUCAUAACAACAGCACGAAGGGGGCACGGUUCGAAGUGAAGAGACAGUCCGAAUCUCUGGUGAAGGCUAAGUGGCUGCCGAUGGAAGUCAGAGUUCUUACAGAGCUGGUAUCAUAGCUAUGAAUUCUCCGUAUCAGAAAGACACGUCUAUCUUGUCGUUCUGGACGGGCGAGGACGAGAACAUAUCGCCUGCUUCCAAACCCA